ACUGUCUGUUGGGAAUGUUUACGUUGAGGCGAGCAAGUAGUAGCAUGAGUGUGUGUAGCUCAAAGGCGACUCUGUAAUGACUCACGGGAUGCAGGAUGAGUCAGUGGCGACUAUACACCAUCAAACUAUUGGUGGCAGUGUUCCUGGUGUUGUGUGUGCUGCUGCUGGCACUGGUGGAAGCGCAGAGGAGUGAGGAGGAAGAGUGGUUUCGUGGCGAGGACUUUAGAGCUCCCCAGUAUUGUGAAGGCCCUGGAAACGUGAUUGACUCGCCCAUAGACGUAUACGAGGGGCAUGUCCUGAGGCGCCUGCAUGAGUACGUGGACGAGGAGGUGUUGUCAGUGGACGUGGAGGAGGAGGAGCAGGAGGAGGAUGUGUAUGAGGAGCUGUACCAUGGCCGCGGAUUCUCUCUCCCCCACUGCCCUGACACCGCCGCUGAGGAGGACUCUGAGAGGCCAGCAGUAGUGGUGAGCACCCUGGACGGCCGCAUCACAGCCCUGGACCUGGCCACCGGUGCCGUGCUGUGGUCACAUCAGACUGGCGAUGGCAGCACCACUCGGCCCCUGCUGUCCUCGUCCAUGUCCAAGCUGGAGGUAACAUCACGAGGGGAGUGGGUGCGUCUCAUUCCUUCGCUGGAUGGGGGGAUCUUUCGCUUUGAUGGAGAGGGAGUGGAGCCCCUGCCAGUCACCGCCGACACCCUUCUGCACUCCUCCUUCAAGUUCAACCCUGACACCAUCUUCACAGGAGCCAAGGUGACGGAGGUAUGGGGGCUGGCGCUGGGGUCAGGUCGGGUCACCUACGUGUGCCUGGCGUCAGGGUGCAAGAGACAGAACACGGCCAGUCCCACUCCCCCCAGGCUGUUGGUGGUGCGUCGGGUCACCCAGACUGUGCGCGCCGUUGACCCAAAAUCUGGAGACGAGAGGUGGAAUUUCAGCGUGGGCCAGCAUGAAGUGAAUCUGGGAGGAGGAGGAGGGUGUGGGGCAGGGGCGGCCAGGUGGGGAGACGGCUCAUCCCCACCCCUGCCCACCCUGCACUUUGUGGUUCCCGAGGGCGUCAUCAUGGGAAUGCAUCAGGAUGGUUCACUUAUUUGGCAGCAGAAGCUGACGUCACCAGUCGUCAGUGCAUGGCGGGUGCUGCAAGGGGAACUGGAGGAGGUGGACCUGUUCAGCACCUCAUCCAUCCCUGCCCUCUCCCCUGACAAGAGCAUGCCAGACCCAGGGGUGCCCAAGGAAACGGGUGGGGGUGAGAAGCAACCAGCACUGUACGUGGGGGUGCACCAGCAGCAGCUCUACAUCCAGCAGAGCACCGGCAUGCACCACCAGCUCAACUCUGCUGCACGACUCUUCACUGCUGACACAACUACUCAAGACUCCCUGGUGACCAAGUAUCCGCGUGUGCAGUGGCGUCCCUACCUUGCGUCGGCCCCCUCCCGCACCCCCAUUGUCAACCACCAGCACCACCACCACCCCCUGCUUCUGAGCUUUGAGGGACAGGAUGAGCCUCACACUGCUGUUGCCCUUACACAUCAUAUUGACUACCCAUUUGCGGGUCAAUGCAUGCAACUGGCUUUUCUGCUGCUGCACACCACCCUUGGUCUGGGUCCUCGAGACAACGGGUACUACCUCUACGCAGACGAAACCACCAACCAGCUUAACCUGAGUCGCCCUUGGAACCGUCCCACCACAGAGGAGGAGGAGGAAGAGGAGACACUCAUGGAUGAAGUGACGUCACAGAUCAUGCACAUUUGCUUCCAUAUUGGGCCAGACACAUGGUUCAAGCUGGGGGUGGUGAUAGGCUGCUAUGCUCUCUUGCACUACCUCCUCCUCCGCUACAUGGCUGCCUACAUGCGCCGCCAACUCACCCGCCAGGCGCUGGUCCUUGUCACCCACAUGUUCAACCUGGUGCUGCAGAAUAAUCCACAGAUCCUGGCACUUAUGCAGAGGAUGGGCAUACAGUUCCAGGCCCUGCCACCGCCACCGCCACCACCACCACCACCACCACCACCACCACAGCCACAGGAGGGGGAGGAGAAGGCCCUGCUGGCACCCAACCCCCCACCAUCCCAGGAAACUCUUCCUACUGUUGAGAGAUCAGAUUCUUCCACUGAGUACACCUCCAGGUACCUGACGGACUUUGAGCUGGUGCAGCGUCUGGGGCGGGGCGGGUUCGGCGUGGUGUGUCAGGUGCGGAACAAGUUGGAUGAGAAUGAGUAUGCUGUGAAGAGGAUCAACCUGCCAACCAACAAGUCAUCUGCUGAGAGAGUGAAGAGGGAGGUGAGGGCCCUGGCCAAGCUCAACCACACCAAUAUUGUCCGCUACUACAACAGCUGGCUGGAGACGCCCCCCCCAGGAUGGCAGGACCCUCAAGACACCAUGCAUAGCGAAGUGAAGGUCAUUGCCUUGUAUGAGUCUCCUUCAGUUGACAAGCCAGCAGAGGACACUAGCAGCCUCUCUGGUGUACUGGGGCAUCUGGCUGUCACUGGAGGGCUGGGGGAACUGGGACAGCUGGGCAGCACAUGGGGCAAUGGUGGAAUGAGUGGGUAUGAAGAAGAUGAGGAUAAUGAUGAGAGUGACCAGGAUUCAGUGCAGUCAUCAAGUGGAGAGAGCCAGCGUAAUGUAUGGAAUGGUCCCAAAGAGCAGGACAGUUCAUUUGAUGUAGUCUUUGAGCAUUCCCAGGGCUCUGUUGGCGUCAGGAAGGAGUGCGGGGGUGACUUAAGUGUGGAUGUGACUGACGGCGUGAGUGAUGAGGCGACUGGCGACUCCAAUGCUUUACAAGACACCGAAGAGACACACAGUCACGAGUCAUGGGAGAAACUAUCAAACUGUAGCCAGAAUCACUCCACAAGCCACUCCAUUGUGUUUGAAGACUCCUACAGCAAGCAGAGCCACGCAGAACAGGACACAGACACAAGAAACACUACAGAGGAACCCAAGAAGAGACGGAGAGUGCGAAGCCAGCCAGCAGGCAACCAGAAGAAGGGAGAGAGACCCCGCACACUGAGUCUGAGCACCACCACGGCUGAUAAACUCAGGGAUGGGGUGCAGAAAGCGGUGAUGAAGCCUCAGUCUGUCCCUCGCACCUUCCUCUACAUCCAGAUGGAGUUGUGUCAGAAGGAAAGCUUGCGUGAUUGGCUGGUGCAGAAUUCACAAAGGGACAUUAAGGUGGUGGUGGAUAUGUUCAAUGAUAUAACCAAUGCAGUGGAAUAUGUACAUGAUAAUCAUCUUAUGCAUCGCGAUCUUAAGCCGUCCAACAUUUUCUUCUCCUUGGAGGGCAAAGUGAAGGUGGGUGACUUCGGCCUGGUCACCACCAUUGCGGAGGAGGAGGAGCAGCAGGCCGCCUACACGCCUGCCACACACCUGCAGAGGUUCCCCGCUGAGCGCACGCAUACUCAUCGUGUUGGAACUCGCCUCUACAUGAGUCCAGAGCAGGUGAGUGGGCAGGUGUACGACUACAAGGUGGACAUCUACUCACUGGGCCUGGUGUUCUUUGAGAUGCUGGUGCCCUUUGGGACGGGCAUGGAGCGCCUGGCCGUCAUGACGCGGCUCAGGGAGGAGCUGCUCUUCCCUCCAAAGUUUGAGGACAACUUCCCUGAUGAGAGCUCCCUCCUCAAGCUGAUGCUGUCCCGGGACCCAGCGUGCCGCCCCACCACACGCGGCCUGAGAGCCCGGCGGCCGCUGCGUCCCCUGCAGGGCCGCAGCGUGGAGGACAUCUUGCCAGAGGACCACUUCCGCCUGUCCCGCCAACGCUCCCACUUCACCGCCUCCUCCUCUUCCACUACAUCACUCUCCACCUCCUCCACCACCUCCACUUGAUGAAGUAUUCCUCCAUGAGUUGUGUCAUGAGUUGUAAUUACAGCAAAAUCCCUCUCAUCCGGCAUUCGAGUAUCCGGCAGCUUCAAGUAUCCGGCACAUUUUUUCCUGAGCCUUAAAAUCAAUAAAAAAUCAAUGUGUACUCAUAAAAUCGAUUAAAAUUCACACGCGAGGCAUACUUUGUCCCCUCGCCACCGGAGCGCACUGCUUUGCGCCACCUGCGGCCCACUGCACUGUGUUUACUCAGUGACUCAGUCCCGCAUGUGCACUGUUUAUCGCCUGACGCCUUCAUCAUGCCUAAAGUUGUAGAAAAGAGGAAGCGUGUUGUGCUUACACUUAAGCAGCUGAUCUUUGUUAUGGUAAGAUGGGUGAGUGUAGGGUGGUGAUUGUGGACAUAACUUCACUUCUAUUCAAGUAUCCAGCAAUAUUCAAGUAUCCGGCAUGUCGGCGGUCCCGUUGAUGCCGGAUAAGAGGGAUUUUACUGUAUCAUUCUUUUUUAUCCUUCAUUUAUCUCUGCCUCUUCCUCCUCCUACUGCUCCUCCUCUUCCUCUUCCUCCACAUGAUUGAACAUUCCUCUUGCGUCUGUCUGUGUGUGUGUGUGUGUGUGUGUGUGUGUGUGUGUGUGUGUGUGUGUGUGUGUGUGUGUGUGUGUGUGUGUGUGUGUGUGUGUGUUUUUAAUUAGUAGUAUUAUGAGUGUAAAUAAUGUUAAGGUGAUGUGUCUUUGGGGGGAGAGGCAGGGGAAUGUAUUGUGAAGUAAUGAGUGAUGCUAUUCCAGAUACAGCUGUGAUAUUAAUGGGUUCCGGACACACACACACACACACACACACCUAGGUAACUACAACUAGGUAAAUAAACACACACACACACACACACACACACACACACACACACACACACACACACACACACACACAUACACUAGGGAUGGGCCAGCAUUUCUACAUUAAUUUCACUCAUAAACAAUUUUAAAUAACCUGAGACAUCUAAUAUAAACAACGGCAGUAACGUAACUUACAUUGUAAUUCAUUAUCUACAUUUACACUUCUAAGAUAACUUCCUCCCUACAAAAAUCUAACAUGACAACUUCUCAUGUGAAUUAUAUUGUAGGUUUAAAUCUUGUAGGGUGAAUAUUUUUAAAAGUUUACCAAAUGGGGCAUUGAAAAGUUGCAGUACAUUAGAGGCACCUAUGUUGUUGAUGUCACAAGGGGUUCAUAGCUAGUCUUGGCAAUACUGAUACAAUCCUUCCAUGCUUUUAAGGGUCUUGUAUGGUCUUAUUGUUUUUGUUUAAGCAGCCCUGUAUGUAAAUAGGUAGAUUUGGUAUUGUUAUUUAUUUAUUAUUGAUUUGUUUAUUUAUUUAUUUUAUUUGUGUUUUUUAUUUGAAAGUAGCCAUAUUCUUAAGGUUUUUAUGGUUCUGUUUAUUAUUAUUUGGGCUGUCCUGUGUUUGUGAUUGCUGGACUGAUAUAUAAAUGGGUAGUUUUAUUAUUAUUAUUUUAUUUAUUUAUUUUUUUAUUAUUUUUGAUAUUUUUAUUAUUUUCUUGUUUAUUUUUGUCUUAUUUAUUUAGCCUGCCUGGCAUACAGUUAGAUUUAUUGUUAUUUUCUUGUUUAUUUGUUUAUAUUGUUUUAUUUUAUUUACUGUUUGUUUAGUUAAUGAUUUAGUGUUAUUGGUAUUUUUUGUGUUUAUUUGUGUAUUCGGUUUUAUUUAUAGCUAUUUAUUUAUUUAUUUUUAUUUAUUUAUUUUUUUUAGUUUAGAGUCUGGCCAACAGGGAAAAACUAACAACAAUUAACCCAAAAUUACAAUUACUAUUUAUAUAUCAUUACUUUUCAUAUUAAGGAGACUGGCCAAGGCAGAAAAAAAAGUUCCUGAGGUGUCUAAUACUCCUCUUUUGAGAUAGAAACACUGACAGGCAGAGUCCCAGAGUGCACCAGUGAAGGGGUGAAACAAUGACAAUACUGCCUGGCUCUUGCACUAGUGAGGUGGACAGAAUAGGGAUGAGAAUAAAGAGAAAUUGUCAUAGGAAAUACAAACUGGCAGAUUUUAGAGUGUAACAGUGAAGGGGUUGAAAAAGUGGAGGUACUGUUUAGCUCUUGCACUAGUGGGGUGGACAGAAUAGGAGAGGAUUCUUAAAAGUUUGGCAUUGUUAGCUUGAAAGAUUAUACUUGAGAGAUUAUUACAUGUUGAAAGGACAGAAUAGGGAUGAAAAUAUAUAGAAAGUCUUGUGGAGAUACUGGUUAACUCUUGUACUAGUGAGGUAGACAGAAUAGGAGGGCAUUCUAAGAAGUUUGGCAGUGUUAGUUUGAAAGGCGAUACUUAAAAAGACUUAUUACAUAUUUAAAGGACAGAAUAGGGGUGAAAAUAAAUGAGAAUAAGUAGAAAGUCUUGUUAUCAGGGGGACAUGAGAAAACUUUUGGCAGUGGUACUUUAAAAGUCAAUACUUAAAAAGAUUACUACAUAUUUAAAGUAACCGGUGAUACUUAAAAAGAUUACUACUCAUUUAAAGAACAGAAUAGGGAUGUGAAUAAGUGAAAAUAAGCAGAAAGUCUUGUUAUCAGAGGGGACAUGAGGAAAAGUUUGGCAGUUUAAGUUUUAAAGAAGCAUUAACGCUUAAAACAAAACGACAGAACAGUGAAGAUAAGUGAGAAGCCUUUUAAUAAGAAGAGAUUCUAUAAAAUUUACCAGUAUUAGUUUAAGAGGUCAUAAAAGAUUACUAUAUACUAAAAGACAACAUUAGACCUACAUCCAUCACACAAUGGCAAAACAGGUACAAACAACACGAGAUCUUCAGGUCCCAAUGAGAGUGUUUGUAUUUGUGGUGGUAACACUGCACGCCAAAGACACCUCAUAUGUUUGUUUGCUGCCGAACACUGAAGGUUGACUUAGACGUGUGGAAUCAAACAGCUGUGUGCGUUGUGAGUAGUUGUGAAUACGUUACUUAUGCCUAAAAAAGUGUGCUAAAAAUAUCUGUGACAUUUAGGUGAGUUAGAGAGGAGGUGAAGAGACAGAAAGAGGUGAGAUGAAGCGAGAUGAGUUUGUUACCGACUUUUUUCACCUCACAUCACCUCUGUCUCUCUCCUGAACCUCUAAAAAAAUAUGUAUAAUGCAUUUAGACAAGUUAGGAAGGAGGUUAAGAGAGAGAGGUGAGAUGAAGUGAGAAUAUUCCUAUGUAUUUUCUCUCAUAACACCUCAUAUCACCUUUUCUCUCCCCCGAACCUCUAAAAAUAUCAACAAUGAGACAUUUAGACAAGUUAGAGAGGUUAAGAGAGAGAGAGGUGAGAUGAAGUGAGAUUAUUCCUGUCUCUCUCCCAGCUUAAACUUUCAAAAAUAUUUAUAAUGAGAAAUGUAGACAAGUUAGAGAGGUUUAGAGAGAUAGAGGUGAGAUGAAGUGAGAUUAUUGUUUUGUUUCUUGCCUAACACCUUUCUCUCUCUCCUUCUCUUGGCCUCUGCCUCCUCAAAAAGAGCCUAUAUUAAUGAACUGGUGAUGGUACGUGCCUAUAAUAGCUUGUAACAACAUUUCAUCAUAAAAUCUGCCAAUCAAUGCUGGUUGAAUUAUAAUCAUUGUCAUUCCUCAUGCUAAGCUUAGUAUUAUUAUUAUUAUUAUUAUCAUGUCAUGCAUUACUCUUUUCAUUUGUUUCCUGCACUGUCAUUUGUGCAGGAAAUAUCAUGAUGUUUUGGUUGCAAGAGUCCAUGUAUAUAUAGAUUGAGCCAUCGUAUUCAUGUUUUUCAUUGUGUAGUGUUGUAAAUAUACUUUAUCUGUAAAUAAAAAAUGUAUCAUAU